AUGUUACCAUUACCAAAAGAAGGCGAAGAUGAAAAUCGACCACCAACAGCUGUAGAAUUAUGUGCUACUUAUGCAUAUCGACGAGGUUUUAUGACACAUAAAGGUAUACCAGAUGGAAGUCGUGCUGCUCGUCUUAUUCUAAAAGAUUAUGUUAAUGGAAAACUUUUAUAUUGUUGUCCACCAUCAGGUCAUAAUUCAGAAGAAUUUCAACAGUAUUCUAAUCGUUAUCAUUUCAAUAACGAUGAUGAUAAUGAUACUAAUUUUGAAACAAAUUCCGAAGAAACUUCCUCAAAUGUAACAACAUCAAAACAAUCACGUUUUCAACCAUCGGAUGUCGAUCGACAAUUUUUUCAUCCAACUGAUGUACGUUUUGGUUCAAAAGGUACACAUGGUCGAAUAAAUUAUACAAGAAAAAAUGGUCCGAUAUUAGCUGGUGAAACUAUGAAUGAUUCAACGAAUCAAUGUCCAGAUGGAAAACCUUGGAAAAAACAUCAUAAUCGUAAUAAGAAAGAAAAAUUACGACGUUUAUAUCGACAUCUUGAUGCUUAA